UGCAGCUUCCACAAAAAUUCUAUCUACCAAGAACUCUGUAAGUUACAGAGAGCUCACUACGGCAAUGAAGGGGAGUCUUUGCCAUGAGUUCCAGACUGACCUCCCUGCUGCUGAGGUGUGGGAGGUCUAUGGAAGCCUCCUUAUUGGACAGUUGGUGCCUCAAUUGCUCCCUGACAUGCUCUCAAAGGUCGAGCUUGUUGACGGUGAUGGUGGCGUUGGAACAGUCCUGCUUCUCACCUUCCCUCCUGGAACUCCUGGAUUGGAAUUUUACAAAGAAAAGUUCGUGAAGGUCGACAAUCAAAAUUAUGUGAAGGAGGCAAUAGUAGUAGAAGGAGGAUUUCUGAAUUAUGGCUUUACGGAGUAUUUGGUACGAUUUGAGAUUACAAGGAAAACAGAAGAGACAUCUGUAAUAAGGUCAACCAUUGAAUAUGAAGUCGACGAAGACCACAUAAGCAAUACAUCCUUGGUCAGCACCAGUGCUGUAGCUGCUAUUGCUGAGGCCAUCACAAGGUAUAUCAAGGAGCAGAAAAGUUCUGAGCAAGCUCCAAAGAAAACCCCAGACAAGCAAUCACAGUGAUGUGCCAAAUAGUGACUUUCUCUAUAAUUUCUAUUUACUGUGUUACGGAUUAUGUUUCUUGGAUAAAUAAUUGUAAAUUAUUGCUGUAGUGCUCUGACAAGUAUUGUAUAUAGUUUUGAUAAGAAAGCCAAAGUUUAUGAUACUAUGCAUCACAUAUUCAUAUCAAUGUGGACCUGUA